CCCCAAUUCAACAGUAACUUUACACUCUUAAUUCCUUUUUCUCACUUUUACUUAUUGGUUAAUAUCCUUGAAAUAGUAAUUCUUAAUGAUUGUGCUGUUUGUUUAAAUUCGAAAAAAGUUGUUCAAGUUUGUAGUAAAAGAUAAACAGAGCAACCCGCGCUAGAGUCAUCCAUGGAGAAAACAAGCUAAGGCCAUUUGCCUUUGGUUGCACCGAAAGCAGAAGUACAACUGCAAUCGUAAUUUUGAGAAAUCAUAAAAGUUGAUAACAAACAAUGGAAAUGUGUUUAAUUACUUUUACAGGUUCUUUUUAAUAUCAAUGACUAAGACACAAGUAGGAAAAUAAUGGAAAGAAUAGUUUGCCAUGACUAUUUAUGAGAAAAUUGAGAAGAUCAAAGGGUAUGAAAAUAAUAUUGACAAUGAUCACUCCAUAAGAUCUCAUACCUAAAGCUAGCAUCAUAUAACCCAAUUAGAAUUAGGAAUGGCAAUGGGGCAGGUCCGGGGCGGGUAUCUCGAUACCCAUACUCACCCCAUGGCAGGUCGGGUCCAGGUAGGGUAAUUUAUCACGGUGCGCGGGUCGGGGCAGGUCGACCCAUUGAGUAUGUAAUUUAUGCGAAAAACAUUAGAAACAUUCGUUAUUUUUAUUAAAAGACCAAGAAAGAAACCAUAACAUGAUAAAAUGUAGUUAAAUUAUUGGAGAAAUUGAGGUUUUCACUUAUUUACAACUUUAUUAUAGCUAAAAUAUAAUGUAAUAAGAGGAAAAUCCUAAGUAAUUUGACUAAUAUUAUAUGUAAGGAUGGCAAGAACGGGUCGAGAAUGAGGCGGGUCAGGGCAGGUCGGGUCGAUGAGAGGUACCCAUGCCCGCCCCGCCCCGCCUACGGGCGGGUUUGACCUGCCCAAAAACAGGUCAAACAGGUCGGAUAAAUCGGGUCAGGUCGAAAUUGUCAUCCCUAAUUAGAAUAGACUAAUAAGGUUCAUAAAAGAGUUGCGUGAAAAUGAAGAGAAACAAAUAGCGUAUCCCAUUUCAGAAUAGAAAUUCACAAUCAUUAAUUAUUUUUUAUUUUAUAUCUUAUAAAAUCUACUGGAUAUCUACCCUUUAUUUUGGGCCUCUAAAAGUAUUUUUGUAAUCAAACCAGGCCCAGCCCAUGUACACAGCUCAUUACUAACUAGAUUACGCAGUGACUAGUGAGUGAGUGACAGGUGCAAAGAUGGAUUUGUCCAUACAAAACGAGAAAAGAAAAAAAGAAAGUAUCGCUUUUUAAAUCCAAACCCGCAAGAUCCGACGCGUGUCCUUCAGUCGACCCUACCCACAGCAACGCGCUUUCUUCCCACCGCCCUAUUUAAUCUCCCUCUUUCCCCAACCUCCCCCAUUCCCUCCCACUCUCCUUCUCUCUCCCUUCUCCCGGUUGCCGGUCACUCUCUCUCUCUCUCUCUCUCUCUAAACGCCACAUCCCUUCUUCCCCAAGUCAUUCCCCUCGCCCUUAUCUCCUUCUCUUCUCCACCCCCAUUUCUCUCCCAAUCUACUCUUCACUCCAAAAAUCAUGCUCUGAAAAUUUAGUUACAGACUAAACCUCAACACUCUUCUCAAACCCAGCUUCUGCAAUUUUACCUAAUGGCUUCCUCAUCGGAGAAUCUCUCCCUCUUCGACUCCUGGAACUUCCGCCCCACUUUCCCCGACCCCUGGAUCUCCGAGGCCUACGCUCGCGACACCGACGCCCUCACCAGAGCCCUCCAGCAAUCCCUCUCCAGCUCCCUCCCUCCUCCUCCUCCCCCUCUCGACUACUCCGCCGCCGCCGCCGGCGGUGAGGAUUCCCUGAUUAACUCCCUCCUCCCCACCAAUUUCGCCGGGACGACCAGCAAUCCGGACACCCCGACUCCGAUUUCCUGCUCCUCCGACCCGGACAGCGCUCCCGCCCCCGCUCCCAAGCCCCGCCGCAACACGAAUUCGACCACGACUUCCUCCGCCGCUCCCGGCGCUACCGGGAAGGUCACCAAGCGGAAGUCGCGCGCCGCCUCGAAGAAGUCCCAGACGACGUUCAUCACGGCGGAUCCGGCCAACUUCCGGCAGAUGGUCCAGCAGGUCACCGGCGGGGUCCGGUUCACCGACGCCAUGGUCCCGGUUCUGAAACCGGAGCCGCACAGGCUGGGCAGAGGGGGUUCGAUUCAGCUUCAGCAGCAACAUGUAGCCGCGGCGGCCGGGGGAGGCGGCGGCGGCGGUGGUGGUGGGUUGUUGCCGACGCUGGACACGUCAGCGUUCUUGCUGGACCAUCACCGUCAGAUUCAGCAGCAGCAGCAGCAACAAACGGUUAGCGUCUCCGUCACGCCUGGUGGUGGUGGUGGGCCCGAGGGCCCAAUGUCAUUUUCGCAGGCGCUGGUUGGUGAUGGGCCUGAUGGCGGUGCUGGGCUCGAUUUUGGCACUUUCUCCAAUUUCCCUACUCUGGAGUCGUGGAAAGUUAUUUGAUCUCGUCAUCCAUCUUUUCUCUGGCAAUUUUUUUCCUUCUUCUUCUUCCAGUUUUAGGUUUGGUCUUAUAAAUAUGUUGUUUUUUUCUUCCCUCUUUUCUCUGGAGAAGGGAAUUUAAAUUAAACUAAUUAGAAUUACUGUUCUAUGUAGUGUUAACCCUGUAGUAAAAAAAAAAAAAAAGGAUGAUGGGAGGGAGGUGGGGGAAUCAUGUGUAAAUUUUUGGGGAUUAAUUAGCUGUUAUGUUUGUUUAUUAAUCAGAGUAAGGGGAUCCUUAAUUAGUUUCUUUCCGCAUAUGUGUAUGAUCUUAAUCGCUAAUUUGGGGAUUUUGGAGAGAUUAGCUGACAAUGUCUGUGUGCUUAAUUUAUCAUUAACUCUAUAAAAGAUUCCUGGCCUAAUUAAUUUGUUUAAUAUAUAUACACACAAGUGCAAAUAAAUUAUAAUUUGGUUUUAGAAAAAAGAAUUGCCAACCAGUACUUUCAGAUGGGACAGUUGACACCUAAUUAUCUCAUCUCAUCUCAUCUGCCAGCCUCUAGAAGGAAGAAGGGAGGGGGAUAACGUGUCUCAUUUUUCUUUCUUUCUUUAAAAAAAAUAUAUGGAAUGAGAUUUUUAAUUUUUUUAUUCUCCAGGAACAUCUCACCACCUCAUGUACUGUGAUGUGAUGACGGAGCGAAAUCAAAUUUGGUGGUCAUUUGCUGCAAUUGUAUAUGUCAAUAUACAAUUCUCGACGAUUGAGAACGAUUGUCUGGCGUUAACCGUUAGCAUUUAAUAUAAAAUCUUAUAAGCAUCUAUGUGGUUUGUGUCAGAUUUGUCAUAUUGAAUAGUUUAGUACGCAAAUAUCACAAAACACGUAUAAUUUAUGUGAGAUUUGUCAUAUUGAAUAAGUUUAGGAAACAAAUGACACUUUUAGGAUUGUUCGAACUUCUGGAAUUAGUCCAUAAACAAAUAAUAAAUUGUGAUGUAUUGGCAAAUCACUCUUGUGCCACCAUAUGAACUUUUCCCCCUUUCCUGUCCUUUGACGAUCCAAAUAUUGCGGCAUCUACAAAUAAUAUACUUACCCAAAAAGUAUGAAAAAAUAGUUUUUCAAGUGGACUAGUUAAAUUCUUGAAUCUCAAAGGUAUAUGAUCAAUUCAAGUAGUUGCGUUUUCAAAAAAAAAAGAAAAAAGAAAAAUCAAGUAGUUGCGGUAAAAGUAAAAGGCAAUUCAAUUUGCCUUGGGUGUAAUAAUAUCUAAUUUGUUUGUCGAAAAUUAUGGAAAACUCCUGUCCCUGAUUUUUAUUCCAAAGAUUUAAUUUGCACCCAAACUUGGGUUCAUGUCAUGUAUCUUACCUAACAUCGGUCUAAUAUCUUAUUGACUACAGUCGUCGGAAGCAACAAAAGAAAAAAAAAAAAAGACUUCAAUUAUUUACAUAAUGAAUCAAAAUUCAUAAUAAUUUCACUAUUCAGAACCCACAGUUACAUGUCAACAGAUAUUAAUUGAAGCGAAUUCAUUUCCAACUUCCAACGCAGCAGACCAAUUGGCAAUUCCUUGUGGACUAAAACGUCAAACAGAUCAUAUUUUUUAGGUGGAUUGCAACUAUAGUUAUCGAAUUAAGUCUCUUCUUCAUUCCGAUCUCAAUUAUUCCUCAUUUGUUUUCCUAAUCCCAUUCCGAAGCUUCUCGAUUCUAUCUUAAUACCCUUUAAUAAUCAUUGAUCGAUCAAUCUCGAAGCUCGAAGGCCAACCCUUGACCAAGACAUAUAGCCAGCACAUUUCUCCCACUCAAGCGUUGAUUUGUCGACUGAUGAUUAAAUUGAGUGAAACUUACAUAUCAAACCGGGUUUAAUCAAAACAUCUCUUCUUU